AAAAAAAAUCACUUCACAUUGCAUUAAAAGAAACGGAUCAUUACAAGCUUAAAUAGCUAAACUCACACAACCUAGCACUACACACACGCACGCCACUAUCUAAGUAACUAACUGCCCGUGUACGUAUGUAGUUACACCCAUGAUAAUGAGACCCACUCACCCACUAACACAUGCAUGCAAAUAAUUAACCUAAUAACACUAAAUGCAAAUUCCUUAAUGUGCAACUUCAUUAACUAAUUGACCCAAAUUAGACUAACACUAAUGCAACGACACACACGCACAUCAGUGCCACUACAACAUAUGCAUAAUUAAUUACCGACCCAUGCAAAUAACUAAUCUAAUAAUCUAGCACUAAUAACAAGAUUAGGUCCAACAAUGAAGAGGUGGGGGUCAUUCUGCCGGAUGUGAAUGAAAACGAUGACCAAGAGAACAUGUAUAGAAAGGAGCUGACCAGGUUUGUACAGAAAGGAGCUGCAAGAAAACAAAAUUAUCACCUUAUGAGUCUCAUAAUUUUUUUUAUGUAUAACCACUCUAGGAGCUUACAUAAAGGGUCUCUCUUUGAUUUUUCAAUAUAUUUUAGAGCCACUUCAUGGCUACCUCCUUUGCUCUCAAUGAAAUUCACAUUGUUCAAAGAUGUCCUGACAUCCACAAGGAGGCCUAGCAGCAGAGUUCAAUUAAGGAAAUCGGCGAUGAAAGGUGUUUAUUCUCUUUCUUUCCUGAAAAGGAUAUGAAGUGUGUUCUUGAAUAUGGUCUAUGAUCAC